AUGUACAUGUGGAUCCGGGUCCGUCGCGUGCCUGUGGAUAUCGUACGCCUCGCAGAUACGCCGCCGUACUUCCAGUGGGAAGACUUCCCGCAGCAUUUCCGUCUCCCUACCACCUACUCCUCCCUGGCCGUGGGAAGGAAGGUAGUCGACGCAGCAGACGGGUUCGUGACGACCACUCUGUAG